GGACCCCGCGGGAGGAGCCCCGCGCAUUGGCCGCCGCGCGCCGGGACGUGGGCGUGUCGCCGAGUCUGCCUCUCCCGGGGACCCGCCGCCGGGGAGGAGCCGGCGCUGAAAGGCGUCCGGGAGGCUCGGGGAGCUGGCGCUCUGGGCCUCUGGGCUGUUUGCCUGCUGAGCAGCUGGUUCCCGGAGCUCGUGAGCCUCCUGGCCCACACCAGUGACCGCGUCCUGUGGAUCGCUUGGAAAGCGCCGGAAAGUCCCCCACCUGUCGACCUCCAACCUUCGGGCUCUUUUUGCCUCUUUCCCCCGCCUUCCGGUGCAACCCCGCCCUAGCAGCCACGCUGCGGCUCCUGGCGACCCGGUGACCCCGAGGGACCGUCCUGAUUUGCAUUUGAACGGAGGACACAGGAAAGCCCUUUUUCCAGCCCCAGGUUUGCAUUUCUAAAGGGAGCCGAGCCUCUGCCUGAAGGAAGAGGGCAAGCAAGACCCAGCAGGACACCUCGGUGCACCUUCCAGUCCGCGGGAGCUGCAGGGGCCAGAGAGACACUGGAGCCCCGGGUUGGUAACCCACGCACGACGCCUCUUGUGACCAGAGCCCCGUGGUCAGCGCGGCGUAAAUGGCUCCGCUGCCCCCAGGCGUCCGCUUCAUCGUCUCGUUCUCCCGGGAUCAGUGGUACAGAGCCUUCAUUUUUAUUUUGACAUUUUUGCUGUAUGCAAGUUUCCACUUAUCCCGAAAGCCUAUCAGCAUAGUUAAGGGCGAGCUGCACAGAUACUGCGCUACGCUGCACGAGGGGCAAGUCCAGUUCAACAGCUGGAACCAGAAAGCCAGUGGCGCGCCCCACCGCCAGCCAGCCCACAAUGAGACGGACUGUAGCUGGGCCCCAUUCGACCAGGACAACUACCAGCAGCUGCUCGGAGCCUUGGAUUACUCGUUUCUGUGUGCCUACGCCAUCGGCAUGUACCUGAGCGGCAUCAUAGGGGAGCGCCUGCCCAUUCGGCACUACCUCACGUUUGGGAUGCUGGCUAGUGGCGCUUUCACCGCCCUCUUCGGGUUAGGCUAUUUCUACAACAUCCACAGUUUGGGAUUCUACGUGGUAACUCAGAUCGUCAACGGACUGGUGCAGACCACCGGCUGGCCCAGCGUCGUCACCUGCCUCAGCAACUGGUUUGGGAAGGGAAGGCGGGGUUUGAUUAUGGGGGUCUGGAAUUCGCACACCUCCGUGGGCAACAUCUUAGGAUCCUUGAUCGCCGGCUACUGGGUGUCCACGUGCUGGGGCCUGUCCUUCAUCGUCCCCGGGGCCAUCGUGGCAGCCAUGGGCAUCGUGUGCUUUCUCUUUCUCAUCGAGCAUCCGAAGGACAUCGCCUGCUUCUCGUCCCUGGCGGUGCCGAAGGGCUGUGAGAACGGCACGCACAGGUUCCGACUGCAGAAGCAGAUCUUCACGGACGACAAGAACAAGCCCCUGGUGAGUCGGACCAGCCUCCGCUGCUUCGCAGAGGACCCCGAGCUGCAGUGCUUGCUGCCGUCCGACGGGAAGCACCCCGUCCAUCAGAGCCACGUCAUGGUCCUCCCAGCCGACGGCGGGGGCAGCAUGGCUGCCAUCAGCUUCACCGGGGCCUUGAGGAUCCCAGGUGUGAUCGAGUUCUCUCUGUGCUUGCUGUUUGCGAAGUUGGUCAGCUAUACGUUCCUCUUCUGGCUUCCUCUGUACAUCACAAACGUGGAUCACCUGGACGCCCGACAAGCCGGGGAGCUCUCCACCCUGUUUGAUGUGGGCGGGAUCUUUGGUGGGAUCUUGGCGGGUGUGAUCUCAGACCGACUAGAGAAAAGGGCGUCCACCUGUGGCCUGAUGCUGCUGCUGGCGGCCCCGACGCUCUACACGUUCUCCACCAUCAGCAGAAUGGGCCUGGAAGCCACUGUCGCCAUGCUGCUCCUGAGCGGGGCCCUGGUCAGCGGGCCGUACGCCCUGAUCACGACCGCCGUCUCCGCCGACCUGGGCACGCACAAAAGUCUCAAGGGAAACUCGCACGCCCUCGCCACUGUGACCGCCAUCAUCGACGGGACCGGCUCUGUAGGAGCAGCCCUGGGCCCUCUGCUGGCCGGGCUCCUGUCCCCGUCUGGGUGGAACAACGUAUUCUACAUGCUGAUGUUCGCUGACGCCUGCGCCUUACUGUUCCUGAUCCGCCUCAUUCACAAGGAGCUGAGCUGCCCGGGGUCUGCGGCCGGGGACCAAGUUCUGUUCAAGGAACACUGACGCCUCGAGUCCCCUGGAGGGAGGCUGCGCCUGUCCUUCACACACUGUCCAGGAAACGUUCAAAUAAAGGACCCUGUGUUGGAAAGAAUGGUUUACCCUUGCCUUUUGCACACACCCCUGGAAAAGACACAAAAGCCACCCUGAGAAGUCCAGGUCCUAUUCGGGCGAGCCGUGGGACUCGUGACGGCGACUAGGAGGUGCGGGAAGUGCUGUGUCCACGGCAGAGUCUGGGACGCACGGCGGGACAGGCGGGCCCCCCGGCAGCUGCUCGGGACUGGUGGGGGUGCUCGAGAGCCGGGGUGUCUCAGGUGUCUCGGUCUGGAAUGUAAGAGUGGGUGAGCGCGCGCUGGCGGGGACCCGAUCCCGCAGCAGGUGCCCGAAUGCAGCCAGCGCGGGGCCCAGCCUCUGAGAGGACGGAGGAAACCGACACCAAGACGGAACUCAGAGCCGCCCCAGCACCCAGAGGACUGUCGCAGCACCUCCUCCUGCUCUGCGGGCCUGAGCUCUAGCCGGCGGGAAGCGAGCAGCCGUGAAGCCAUCCAGAGGCCCCGGGAGUGCCGGCCGGGACACCCGGACAUGUCUGGGGUCCGCGCUCGGAGGCUGCCGCGGCUGCUGUCCCCGCAGGUCUCGGGGAUGACGUGGUUGGGGGGCGGACGGGCACCCAGACACCUGGGACUGUCUCUAGUGAUGUAGCACCAGUGCGGGCUUAUUUAUUGAGGAUGUGCUAUGUAUUCUAGAAGUUUUAGAAACAUAAAUGGCAUUUUUUAUUUAUUAAGACACCUGACUCUCCUCUGGCCACUUGUUUUCCGACUUGUUGCCAGGAAAAUACUCAUUUGCUCUUUGAAAUAAAAUAGUCUUUUUUAAAACA